AUGAGUGCUGGCAGCAGCCGUGCUCUGCACCCUGAGGAGCUUUUCCUCAACGGUCCAGGCAGACAAGAAUCUCCCACCAUCGGCCCUCUACGUAUCAGUAAACGGGACUCAUCGUCCCCAGCAUCGGCCGCCGGCUCCAGUCCCCCACCAAACGCCCCGCUCCCCUACCCGGAUGACCGUCAACGUCCGCAAAUGCGCACCUCAAGUUCAACCGGAUAUCAUGACAACAUUAGAUAUGGGUCUCCGCCAGCUGGUCCUGGCUCUGGCUCUGUAAGUCCGAAUGAAUACCCAUCAGCACUGCGGCCGCGGGACGGUCGCGAACCCCGAGUCGCAACAUUGGCCGAACGAAGAGGUGCAGCCCCUAAGCCGCUUCCCGAAUCGCCUGGCCAUGAUGCGCCAGAUCGCGAAGCCUUAGCCGCAAGACAAUACCCUCGACCCCCAGCAAGUCUACCACCCGGUCCACCAGAGCCACCGGCAAAUACGAGCCAAUAUGAUUACCGUCAACAAUACUACCCGCCUCCUCAACGCCAAAGCUCAACAUCUGCAGCCCGUCCCCCGUCAAGUCUACAGGCCCCACAAGGCCCGCUCAAUCGCAUCAGUUCCACCUCGACAACCCGCGCCCAGCGUGGCUCGCCCCCGCCACCAGAGACGCCUAUCGUUGGCCCAGGCCAGCAUCCUGCCUCUGACAUUGAGGCCCGCUAUGCGGCUGCUGGCAUCGCAGGCACAGGGACUCUACAGGGAAUCCAGUCGCAUAAUGUGGCUGCGCAGAGACGAGCAGAGCAGUACUCUGGACAGCAGCCAGUUUUCCAGCAGCAGCAGCAGCAGCAACAGCAACAGCGCCCGUGGACUCCGACUGAGCAGCCUGGUUCCCAGCCUCAUGGGCCUCCGACAGUUUAUCAGGGUGAUGAGGUCGUCACCGAUAACAAUCAGCCUGCUGCGCAUCCGGGUCAAUAUGGUAGCCCGCCACCUCAGAUGCCCGGAACCUAUGGCAGCCCCCCGCCUCAGGUUCACCCCGGUCAAUACAGCAGCCCGCCGCCCCAAGCUCAUCCGGGCCAAUAUAGUACCCCGCCGCCCCAGGCUCAUCCAGGUCAAUAUAGUAGCCCGGCACCUCAAGCUCAUCCUGGACAGUACAGUGGAUCCCCAUCCCAAAUGCACCCUGGGUCUGGGCUACAGCAGCAACAGCAACAAGAGCAGCUAGGAAGAGUUGCCCCCAAUGCCCUGGAACAAGACAUGGACCGGAUGCGCCUCAGCUCCUCCCCUCCUCCUGCCUACUCAAGUGUAUCUGGCCCUUCUGCUUCGAAUGGGUAUCCCAAUGAAAAACAUAACGGCGCUGCGGCGGCGGCAGCAACAGCCGCUGCAGCUGGCGCUGGGGCGGGAUUGAUGCAUCCGGCCUUGGUAAAUCAACCUAAUCCUGCCGUCAAAGCACAUUCACCUGCGCCGACAGCCUCCGCACAGGACCAUCCCGCUUUCCGGAAUGACCAGAGGCAGCAACAGCAGGCAGGCCAGUCCCCACAGGCGUCUGUUUCUAAUGACUUGUCAGGUUUCCAUCAUCAGACAAUCCAGGUGACUUCUCCGGGGCCCUCUAGCGCAGGUCCAGCAUCCCCGCCACCUCUUCCGGAGGGGUGGAUUGCCCACAUGGAUCCAAGCUCGGGACAGUAUUAUUACAUCCACUUGCCCACCCAGUCAACUCAGUGGGAGUUCCCCAAGGGGCCUACGCCACUUAACCUCAACGACACGCCCUUGUCCCCAGUGGGAAGUGUGUAUAGUGCCCAUCCACUGGCUUCCCCGGGUCUGUCGGCUUUUGGAAAGCCUCUGGCGUCACCGGUCUCCCGUUGUGUCUGGAUUCUCUGGGCCUCCCCCAGCAGUGGCAUGGAUUUGUACAAAAAUGUUCCAACCAACGGUGUUUACUUUGGUCCUUAUUUGCGUUACACCAACAUGGAUAUCGAGCGUGGAAUCUGGAUGGGAUCUAUCCUGCUUGUGACGGAUGCCGGACAGCCACCCACGAUCCAUAUGCAUCAGAGUCUGGACCUUUCUCCGAACCCGAGACAAUUGAAGGCAGUCAACAUUGCCGCCCAUCAACGCUGGACAUUCUACAAGUAUGAGAUUGACCUCCAGAUGGACGACGCGGGUCCUGCAAAAUGGACCUACGCCAUCACCUCACAUCUUGGCUGCACUCGAUAUGAGUUCCUCGUCGCUGGUCGACACGAGACUAACUGGCGGUUCAUUGCUACUUCUGGAAAUGACUUCUCGCUGAAUGUCAAUGCUAGUGAGCGGGCUCGUGUGGGCGGUAUCGGUUACAUGUGGAAGGAUAUUAUGCAAAAGCACAAUGAGAUCGGUGGCUUCCACACCCAAUUGUGCCUGGGUGGUCAAAUCUAUGCGGAUCGCAUGUGGAAAGAGAUCCCGUCUCUCAAGCAAUGGUUGACUAUCAGCGGAAAAGAGGCUAGAAAGAACGCUCCUUGGACAGCGGCUAACCAGCAGGAUGUUUCUUACGCAUACUUUCAUUACUAUACCAGCCAUUUCGAUCAACCUCACAUAAGGGAGUCAUUUGCGCAGAUUCCUUAUGUCUGCCAGAUAGAUGAUCAUGACAUCUUUGAUGGAUUUGGCUCGUAUCCAGAGCACAUGCAGUUCUCAAACAUGUUCAAGAACAUAGGCCGCAUCGGUAUCGAAAUGUACCUCCUCUUCCAGCAUCACACAACUCUCGACAUUCUCCGAAACGUCAGCAAUGACACGGACCUCUUCACUAUCACCGGCACAGGCUGGCACUUUGUUAAAUACCUAGGUCCCGGCGUCGUCGUCGUCGGUCCAGAUUGUCGCUCAGAACGGAACCCUCACCAAGUCAUGGCUGGUCCCACGUAUCAGGGUCUCUUCCCGAAGAUCGCAAUGCUACCGCCCAGUGUUCAACACUGUCUCUGGAUGGUCGCCGUCCCACUCAUCUACCCCCGUCUAGAGACGGCAGAACACAUUGUCCAGACUGUCGCAACGGGAAAGCGAGCCGUGACCGGCGCGUACAAUGUGCUAGGCAAGGUGACCAGCUCCGUUGCCGGAGUGGUUGGCGCCAAAGACUUCGUCGGCUCAGGCUUUGACUCAGUGAAGCGAGCCGUAGGUAAAUCCGGGCUGAUGGGUGGUAUACUGAGUCCAUUUGGUGAAUUCAACUCGAUGGACGAGCUACGCGAUCAAUGGACACACGAGUCGAAGGAUCUCGAACGCACAUAUCUCAUCCGCACACUACAAGGCAUCGCCCACCAAAAAUCAAUCCGAAUGACCUUCCUUUCCGGCGCCGUCAAUGUCUGCGGCGCAGGUCUCGUCCACGACCCCUCAAACCCUUCAGACCACAAGACAAUGUAUCAACUCAUCGCCUCCUCUGUCGUCAACACUCCACCUCCAUCAUACAUCAUCAAGCUCCUCCACAGCCACAGCAAGCCCCUCUAUGUCCCUGCCAACGGCCACAAAUCCUCUGCUCAGGUCAGCGAUACAAAGGAAGACAUGAUGGAGAUCUUCCAGACGGACGUCAACGGCCAGGCUCGUGAGUAUCGUAAGCUCAUGGCAAGAAGGAACUACGUCGCUAUCGUCGCCUAUGACCCUGAGGCAAUUAAUGCCUCUUAUGGUAUGUCGGCUGGUGUUAGUAAAUUGAGUCUUGCAGCGGACUUUAUGGUUCAGGGGGAUGGGGCGCUCGGGAAUGUGGUCAAGUUUGGACCGGUUAUUGUGCCUUGUCUCGAUCAAGGGAGGUGA